CGCUUCUGGUUGUUGGCAGCCUCAGCUAUAGUCGCAGCGUCGGCGCCCAUGCCAGUAAUGUCGGACAGAGCACCGGUCCAAGUUGAGACUCUUUCACCAGUCGAACCGCCAGAGCUAGAGCUAGAGUGGUGGUGGCCGCCGCGGGGGUCACGGGUCAACAAGCUGGAAGAGAGUCCAGCAACUGGCGCACCAAUGACAGAGUUGGCAGAGAGGAUGGUGGCAAGAGCCACAGUAGCGAGCUUGGAAGUGUCAAUAUACAUUUUGAAUGAAGAUUGGUUGAAAGUUGACGGUGCUGUAAAGCAAAGAGUUGUAGAAAGCAGAAAGGCCUUGAGAUUGGAAGCUUUGUAGUGAAGAUUGUUGUGAUUGUUGUUGAUGGAUAAUUCGAUUCUGGGAUGGAUUUGAGCACUCUUUUAUAGAGUAUUUUCUCUCAUAUAUUGUUGUGAAGUUGUAUACAAAGAUGGCCCCAGGCCCAGGCUGAUCAGGCGCACGCCUUCAUCGCGAUGCUGUAUGGCAAAGGUUGUUGACCUUUGGGGUUCAAAGAUCGCAACAGUACCUACGCAUUCUCUGAAAAUACACGCAGGAAGCGCACCAGGACC